CUUGAAUAUUUCGCUCUUUUGUAUUGAGAAACAAAUUGUGUCUUAAAAACUAGUUCCCGUAUUAUUGAUAUUGGAUACCAGCUAAGCGAUUCGGCUCGGUUAGAUUGGAGGACGGGAAGAGAAAAAUCUGAAAAUGAACGAUAUACCUGAGUUAAGCUUACAAAAUGUGCGGAUAGCAAAUCCAGAACAUGUCACGGAAGUGCUACAAAACAUGAUCAGAGAUGGGCAAAACAAACUACAGGUCACAGCUGAUUUUGAUUUCACGUUGACCAAAUUCAAAGCAAAUGGCACUCGCUGUGCUGGAACUCAUAAUGUUUUAGAAGAGGGCCAUGUUCUGCCGGAAUUCUACAAAGACGAGGCCAGGGCACUUCGAGAUCAUUAUUUUCCUAUUGAAAUGAAUCCUAAACUUACCAUAGAAGAGAAAAUUCCUGUAAUGGUGGAAUGGUGGACUAAGGCUCAUGACCUUCUAUCAAAGUGCCAUAUAACUAAAGACGAUGUAAGAAUAAUGGUGGAAAACUCCACAGCCAGACUAAGGGACGGUUGUACUUGGUUUUUUGACCAGUUACAGGCAACUGACAUCCCCCUCCUGAUUUUCUCUGCGGGGAUUGGUGAUGUCAUCAUUGAGGUCAUCAAACACCAAGCUACUCUCCAUGACAACAUGAAGGUCGUGUCGAACUAUCUGGAGUAUGAUGAUCAGGGAAAGAUGACAGGUUUCCAGGAUGAAAUGAUCCAUGUGUACAACAAGAAUGAGGGGGCCAUUCACGAUUCUGAUUAUUUCCAGAAGCUAGAGCAUAGAAAUAAUGUAAUACUGAUGGGGGAUUCCCUGGGAGACCUACACAUGGCCGACGGAGCUGUAGGUGUCCAAAACAAGCUAAAAAUAGGAUUCCUAAAUGUGAAGGUUGAGGAAAGCCUUGAGUUAUACAUGAAGAAAUACGAUAUUGUAAUUCUUGAAGACGAGACGUUGAAUGUGGUCAAUGCAAUUCUAAGAAAAGUGCUCCAGAGUAAACAGUAGAUCUGAGUCCUGCCUACAACAGAAUUCGAGUCUUUCAUUGCAGCGUGAACCUGUGUGCAAGUCCAUGGAAUGAACGAUUUUAACUGUAGUGGAACUAGAGUUGUGCCCCUUGCAAUAAUUUUUUAUAUUUGUAACGAGAAGAUGUGGAGUGAAUUAACCCAGUUUAUUCGGGGUUUUUUCCUGGGGCUUAAAAGCACUUUAGGUAUACCUUAGAAUUAGCAUCAGGUCAAACCACAAUUUUUUUUAUACAUGAACCCAAUAGUUAUCAUCAAUUAUUUUCAGUAUUGGUAUCUUAAGGUAUAGUUACAAUAUUUUUCUUCAUGCCUUUAAUAUUUUCCCUUUUAUAAACUGUUUUCCAUUUUGAUAUAUUUCUCUAUGCACAAUGUAAUUUUUAACAGCAAAAAACAAGAUCUGUAUUGUUUGACUGUCAAAAUGUUUCUCAAAUUGUUUUGUUCAGAUCUGGAUUUAUUUAUGGGUGUUUUUUUUUCAUAUUAGUAUGCAAUUUUAGACAUUUCUUGAGUGCUGAAAGCACCGUUCUAUGAAAGGUUUAUUCCAAGACAUGUUCUUUUAUACAGAUGCAUAUUAGCUGAUUUUCUUUUCAUUUUUUCCCAUUCGUUAUUUCUUUAAUGAAAAUAGAUAUUAAAACGUUCAUGUACAAAGGAUUCAUCAUUAUUCUCUAUGGACAAAUUUUUAAGACUUUUGUAAGUCUAAUUCAAAUUUUCAACAAAAUAUGACAAUAUAUAUUGGAAGAGUAAUUGAUAUGAAACAAAUCCUUAAAACCUGCAUGUGUUAUAAAAUCCAUGAAAAUUGAUGCCAAGGAAUAUUGAUAAAGCCACAGUACUUUAUGGUAGUUUAUCUGUUGCAUACAUAUUUACAAAUUUUACCUAUUUAUUUACCUGUGUAUGAAGGAAAUAGACUGUCUCCCUGCCCCAAGCAGUAUCUACACACCUCUACUAGAAUUGGGUGGAGUCAACAAGGAACAUAUCUUUUUGUUACAAACUUUUUGUUAAGAGAGCUGAAAUUUAUCCUCUGAAUAGUAUUACAAUGCUAUACCAUUAUUAAAGUAUUACUGUACUUUAUAACAAGUGUUUUGAUAUUUUUAGAAAUAAAACUGUAUACCCAGACA